CUCUCUCGUCUUCUCUUGCGCGAGCAAGCGAGCGAGCGCGGCUCACUUGCCCGCAAUAAGCGCGUACCGCGAGCCGACUCGCGCUCGCAUUAAUUGCCGUCGUAAAUUGCUGCCGCUCGGGCCCAAAAGCUGGGCCCGGCCUACAUCGCCGCGCUGCGCCUGGCUCUACGGCAGCAGCAGCAGCAGCGGCUGCUUGGCCAUUUCGGAUCGUUCCCAUAGAGCGUUCCCUCUUUCGCUCUCGCUGUACGCUGGAUUAUAGCUAGGAGCGCGAGAGCCGGGGCCCGGGCCCCGAUGCGCCGCGCCGGCCGCCAGGUGGCUCCACCAGCAGCGGCCAGCCGAGGGGUCCGCGCGCAGUCUUGAAAGCGCCUCGGCCAAGCGAGCAUCGCGCGCCGCCGCGUCCCCGUCUUCUCUCCGAUCUCGGGCCGCCCCGAUGCCGGCACGCACCUGCACCUGCACCAGCACCGCCUCGUUCGCCAGCGCGCAGUGCCCCCGGAUACCCCCAGUGCAGCAGCAGCAGCAGCAGCAGCAGCAGCAACCAACGUCAUGCAGGAGCAAGAGGAGCAGCAGCCGCAGCAGCAGCCGCAGCAGCAGCAGCAGGAGGAGCAGCCGUCCGCCGAGGCGACGGAGGCCGAGCCAGCUGCCGAGCAGGCCGGCUUCGCCAACCUGACCCUCCAGAGCGUCUCGCUGAGUCUGCAGACCGCGCUGCUCGCGGCCCUGCAGCGCGCGGCGCUCCUGCCGCCGGGUCACGCCGCCGCGGCGGCCCUCAACCUCCAGGCCCUCGAGACCUACGUCACGCUGCACCGGCUGCACGCCAGCGGGGCCGCCGUCGCCGCCGCGGCCUCCACGAGCGCUAGCAGCGCCGGUGUCAGUCCCAAGCCGACGGAGCAGCUGUCGCUGCUGCGCACGGCCAGCCUCGACGACGAGGACCACUCGCAGCUGGAGUUCGUCGGCACCGAGCCCGAGGACGAGCUCGCGCUCCUCGAGGAGGAGGAGGCCGCCGCCUUCCUGCACGACGGCUCCGGCCACGAGCUCCUGCUCCAGCGCAUCUCCGAGCAGCCCCAACCCUCGAGGACGACCGCCUCCACCUCGACUGCGACGACGACGACGGCGAGCGCGCAGCCGGCGAGCUCGAGCUCCGGGGAGGGAAGCUCGCGGGCCUGCAGGGCCUCCAGGCCCAAGAAGCAGUUCAUCUGCAAGUUCUGCAACCGGCAGUUCACCAAGAGCUACAAUUUGUUGAUCCACGAGAGGACCCACACGGACGAGCGGCCCUACUCGUGCGACAUCUGCGGCAAGGCCUUCCGACGGCAGGACCACCUCCGGGACCACAGGUACAUACACAGCAAGGAGAAGCCGUUCAAGUGCGCCGAGUGCGGCAAGGGCUUCUGCCAGAGUCGCACCCUCGCGGUCCACAAGAUCCUCCACAUGGAGGAGUCGCCGCACAAGUGUCCGGUCUGCGCGCGCAGCUUCAACCAGCGCAGCAACCUCAAGACCCACCUGCUCACCCACACCGAUAUCAAGCCCUAUCACUGCGCCUCCUGCGGCAAGGUAUUCCGGCGCAAUUGCGACCUGCGCAGGCACUCGCUCACCCACAAUCUCGGCUCGAUGCACGCGAGCACAUCGCCGAGCGCCUCGCCGGGACUGCUGCCGCCCAUACAGUCGAUUCACCAGCCCGCUCAGGAGACGUCCUAGGCGAGACAGUGUUAUCGUCGCUCUGUAGUUUUUUUUUUCUAAUGUUAGGAAAAACGUAAGACUUGUUGUACAAAUUUUCUUUCAAAGGCGCGACUCGAGAUACAAUGUUUCUUGCAAUACUCACCUACUCUGUAUCAUCAUCAUCUUCUUCUUCUUCUUCUUCUCUCUACUCCACCUCUUCUUCUUCGCAGCCACUUGUUAACUCGUAAGUUACUCUUCAUCGCACUAUAUAGGCUCGUGAUGCGCGUAUGUGUAAGAGUAUGAGUAUGAAAUCACGUGAUAUCUGUGCUCUCUCCGUACGCACAAGUGUAAAAUACUACGUUCUCUCUUAUAUGCUAUGCUAUAGUAUAUUUUAUUAUUAUUAUUAUUAUUAUUAUUAUUGUUUAAGUAUAUAUAUAUAUUAAUGUAUUACUAUACGCUACAAUGUACUUCGCCAAGCGUAGACGUGCAAGAAUCUCCGGUGUCUGUCUCGCCACUUGAUAUCAAUACUAUAUGUAUGCAGUGUAUAUACGAAUAUAUUAUAUUGCGCGUGAUAGAUAUAUAAAUAUAAGCGGUAUAAGCAAAGUAUAAGAGACAAGAGAAAUAGGCAAUAAAGUAUACACAUAGGAGUAUAAUUAAA